AUGGCGGAACUCAAGUCAGCGGCUUUCCCUUCACAAGGUCGCACUAAACGUGCUUAUCCGUCUGUGAUUCCGAAUUCGGCGGGGGUCAUCAAUAAGACUAUAACUAAUGAGUCUAGCCUGUUGCUCCGUUACCUUCGUGAUCUUAAAGGGCCAUGUACUGUUGACAACAUCAUUAAUGGCUUGGGGUUGCAUAUUGACCGUUCCGAAGCUAUGGACAUGUUAGAUUCACUUGUUGACCAGGGUCGCUUACGUUGCAAGAAGUACAAUGCCAACGAGAUUUACAUAUACAAUGCAUCUCACAGAACGGAACAAGAGCAUACAGGACCAUCUAAAACAAAGCGUCCUAGCAAAUCUACACUUGAAAAAGAGGUAUCUCGGCUCCGUUCUUCGAUCUCCAAGUGUUCUGAGAAGCUGGGUUUAUUACGUGAUUUGAGUGAUCGUAGUAAGGAGUUAUGUGAUUUACAAUAUCGUCAGAAAAAAGGUAUUUUAUACACUAGAUUACACCUUUUACACUAUAGCUGUUCCAUAUCGAUCCUCUUUCAUCUGGUUACAGCACUGGAGGAAUGGCAUGCGUUACUGAAGGCAGGUAAUGACCUGCGUGCCUUGGCUGUUGCUUCUGGUGGCGAUUGUGAGCGUCUGUUAGCCGCUAAUAACGCCAAGUCUGCUGAGCUUGCGCUCCUUCAGCGACUAUAUGCCCAUAUUGUCGCUGGUGUCUGCGAGGCGGAAGGCGUGCGUCCUCGUGAGUUGUGUCAAAGACUAGGUAUUGAGGCGGUUACUAACCCGCCUAAGUAG